AUGACCGUAAGUUUCAAGUCCAAAAGAUAUCGAGAUAAACUGAGAACUGAGAUCAAGGCCUUGGAAGCUCUACUUCCGGUGGACAGAACCGCCCUCAGCAGGAAACUCGAUAGUCAGACCGUUUUUCGGCUGGUCAUCUCGUACUUCCGGUCAAAGAUAUUCUUCCAAGCUGCCGGAUUCUACCAAACCGAUGACGCCAAGCAGGAAGUAAAAGAACGUGAAGAUGCUGACGACAAAAAAGGACCAGCCAGUGACGGGCAACACGGCAUACAGCUUCUGGAUGGCUUCCUUCUCGUCAUCACCUCGGACGGGACGGUGCUGUAUGUGUCGGAGAACAUCCUGCAGUAUCUCGGCUUCAAUCAGGUUGACCUCAUGCACCGGUGUGUAUACGGCGUUAUCCACCCAGGUGACCACCAGGAGGUCAAGGUCGUUCUGGAGCACACGCUAGGACCCAUACAGCUGCAGACGACAACUGCGGAGUCCUCGGACAAGGAGGGUGAGGUCCCUGAGAAGCCGGACACCUGCAAGCCGGUGUCUUUCCUGUGCCGGAUGAAGUGCUUCAACGGAACCUCGGCAGGGUAUCUCAAGAUGCUCUGCUCUGGGAAGGUGGAACACCUGUCUCAGCUGUCCAAGUCCAACAGAACAUCCUGCCAGAUUCUGUUCCUGUUCUGUCAUCCAUUCAUGAUCAACACAACGGAAGUCGACCAGGAACUCAAGCAAAACGUCUUCUGGUCCAAACACGACCUUGACCUCUCCAUCAGAGAAAUCGAUAAGAAAGCGCUUCCUGUGACAGGUUACACCAGCCCAGAGAUGGAGGGUCGCUCUUUCUACUCCCUCAUCCACCCAGAAGACAUCGCAACAUGUGCAGCUUGUCACAGGCAAUUGACAGACAGCAGUGACGUACAAACCAUGUACUUCCGGCUGCAAAACAAACAUGGCGGGUGGGUGUGGCUGCAGAGUCGCGGCAAGGUCAUCUCGAAAAACUCCAAGAAGUUCUCCAUCGUCUUCUCACAUUGUCCGGUUAGGGAGGAGGACAGCACAUACAUCCAGCAAGAAUCUGUCCUCAGACAGCGCUACGCCAUCAACGACCUCAUGUGCAUAUCACAAAUACCAGAGUACGGCUCGGUCUGGAAGGACGGUCCGAAUAUCAUGGAGCCCAGCAUGAAGAGAAUGUGCUUCCAGACCCACCCUGGUACACAGGACGAGGCCCUGGUGGCUGUCCACAGUCUGUCAGGGGCUCCCUGUCCAUCCAGCUGGCACGCUCUGUCAGACAGACACUCACCCAUCCUGCCGUCUAGUCACGUGGCCCACAAGAUCUCCCAACGAGAGAAGCAGCUUCAGUACCAGGAGUUCAAGCGACGUCAGCAGACCCAGAUGGAUCAGACGGCGUUCAAGAUGAUGACGGAAUGGGAGGAUCAGGGUUAUGACUGUGCCCAAGAGAUUCCAGCACAGACAAUGAAUGAAUUCAGAGGGCAGAAUCUGUACCCCUGCUCCGCAGACAAUGGACACGAUUCCACGUGGAAUACACCUGACGAUUUGCCCCAGAAGCAAGGAUUUCAGUUUGGCCGGUUCCAAGCUAAUGAUGCUUCGUUUCAAAGAAGCAUGCUUCAGUCUUUCUCAGCUCAGGGUUACAACUGUCCACCUUUCCAGAUGAUGCAAGGUCUUUCCAUGUCAGGGUAUUACCCCCACCCACCCUAUGUCCACAACAUGCCGCCGUCCCCACCCCCAUCACCCCAGCACAACCACUACAACGUAGACGUCUACCCUCGAAGGACGCCCCCGCCUCCGCCACGACUUCAGUAUCAACACUCGCUCCUACGGGAUCAGGGGGAUUCAAAUAGGACAUUUAACACCGCAAAUUAUUCGUGUUUUCAGCAGAACUAUGUUGCAGCGCCCUGUAUUCAGGAUUUACAAAGAACGGCAGAAAAAUAUUUAGGUUACUGUGAAUACGAACAGGGGACUCGCUCUUUACAGAGACAACACGUGCCUCGAGAAAGUGUUGGGAACUGUAGACCACAGAACAGUAGAUCCAAUCAAAGACCUAUGGGACCGUAUGAAUCAGCAUUUUCCCUACAGGGUUCCAUGAAACCGAGCCCUUCGUCUAGUCAGUCAUGCGCAUAUGCUGCAAGGUGCCGUGUGCAAAAUAAUGAAAGGAGCCAAUCGCAGGCUCAGGUUGAAAAUCACAUGAUGAUCGUAGAGCACGGACAGCCCGUGCAUGCUAGAGGCUACAUGGAUCUUCCAUCUAUUGGCAGCUUCCUGGAGUAUCUGAAUGAAGUCUGACAAUAUCAACGAUUCGUCUGUGCUCAUAAACUCACGAAGGACAAUGCAAAAUACAACUUAGAAUUUCAACAUUUCUGAGGAUCACCUUUUUUUCCUGAUUUAUGUGUUUCUUUCACAUUUUCACCAUCCAUGUGCAAGAAUUAUCCUGAGUAGUGUGACGUCAUACUUGAUGGAGGUCACGUGGUUACAUAACGGCAAAUGGGGAGACCACUAGGUCAAAAGUUAUACCUACGUAAAAGAGGCCUCAAUCUUCCUCGUUGGAUAUUGAACAAUGUGUCUGUGUUACAAACUCAAGCAGUUAAGUCAACACUUAAUUAUACAA